AUGACUUCAAAAUAUUCUGCCUUACCAGAUAUCGAUGAUCAGCCAGAUGUCUAUGAGACACCCGACACGACGGACAACAACACUAAUGUGGCAUAUGAAAAUCAGUCUAGUGAUGAUGACGAAAAUGAGAAUGUGAUCAAGGCACGCGUCUCUAUUAAAGAAGCAAGUAAUAGAUUCAAGGGCACCAUUGUUGAUUCAACAGACACAGACUUUUCUGAUAGAUUAACUCGCAGAAAAAAGGCCAUGUAUCGUACCUAUGUUCGCCGUCCUCCAGCUUUGGAGACAAGUGAAUAUGAAAUCCUGCCCAAAGAUUUAACCUUGAACGAAACUUCUUUACAAAAAUUGCGUCGUCUCAUGUUUGAAGUACAAGAAUUAAAUGAUGAGAUUGAGAAGCAAAAGGUUAGUCUUGUUCCUUGUCAUUCUGUAGGUUGA